UUCGCGGAAGACUGUGUUGUGUUGUGUAGUGGGCAUACGACGUGUGGUGUACAUACCACCGGCUCUCUCUCUCUCUCUCCGCAGUUACCGCCACCGCGGCCGACGACCUUGAACGCCGUCACAAACGCACCACGUAGUUGCCGGUCGCGUGCGGUGCCCGAGCGAACGGACCUGUGUGUGCUGCAGUGUCGACGAACGUGUGCGCUGCAAGACGCGCGUGUUGUUCUCGCCGGGUUAGCCGUCGUGUUCUUAUCCGGACCGGUCUCCUUCGUCCGCCGGGUGUGUGGGUCGGUCCGUCGGUCGUCGCUCACUCGGCGAUCCAAACGGUUUCCCGGAGGUUUUCCGACGCCGUCGCUAGCGGAAGAGCCCGCGCGCGGUACCUGCACCAUCCGCCGCCGCCGCCGCCGCCGUCGUCGUCGCCUGCGUGCACGAGCUGCUGCGAACAGUGAUAAACAGCAACAACAUGCAUCUCCAAGAGUGACAUUAAGACUUACCAACACGGGUAACAACCAGUUUAAGAGUUCGUCUGCUCGACUAGAUGAGAAGAAUAAGAAAAUAGCUGAGGAACAAAACACAAGCAUGACGAACGAUACAAAAACUGUUGAGGCUGAAGAGAAAUCAGAAACACCCUCUCAGUCUGUUUCUCAGUCUACUAAUGCAUCGACCAGUGCACCAGCUGAAAGUACUUCUACUAGUUCUUCUAAAGAAGCUGAAGUCAAAGAUGCUGGUUCUGGGGAUGCAAUUGAUACCACAAAUAAUUCAUCAAAUGAGUUAAAUGUAAAAGGAGCGAAAGAUACAGAUAACUUAAAACGUCCAUUAGCAGAAGAAGAAGAAGAAGUUAAACCAAAAAAACGUAAAGAAGAGCAUAGUCAAAGUUCUAAAGGUAAAACUGAAUCUUCUAGUCCAAAACCUGAUAGUGAUGAAGAUAAAUCAGGAGGCUCUGGACCAUCUAAUGCUGAUAGUCCUGGAAGUGGUCCUAAAGUACCUCCAUUAAAAAUUGUUAUACCUACAACAGAUGCCGAUACAGGGACUAGGACAAAUGGCAAAAAUGGUAACCGGUCACAUCACCAUACAGCAUUACCAUAUGUUGUACCUUCUGAAGAGUCUCCACCAGCGUCUAAUCAGCCAAACUCACCAAAGUCUCCACAAAAAGCUAGCUCUGAUACUCUUACUGUUGAAGAGCAAAAGUCUCCUCAAACUAGAGUAUUGCGGUCAUCCAACAGAUGUGGUAGUAACAGUAGUGGUGCACCAAGUCGUGGUACUUCACCAAUUGUUCCCGAAGAACAAUUGGCACCAACUACUUCUCCACCUACUGUGGUAGUAGAUACAGGUUCAAAUCCAUCGCCAUCAACUCGUUCAGAACAAACUGAAAAUGUAUCGGUGACUGUAACUGGAGAUGACAAACAGGCAGCUAGCACAGCUGCAGCUACAGCUACUACAUCUGAGUCGACUGCUACUGCUGAUAUGUCUGCCUUGGAAUUACAUCCUAGACGUCGUAAAUUAAAAGCUAGUCGUACUGAAUCCGAAACUAGUGAUACUUCAUCUGUUGCCAAUGUUACUGCUGUAGAAACUAAUCCGUCCGGUACAACCAAUGAACCAGUUCCAGUUACCAAUUGCUAUCAAAUGUUUUUAAAUAUAAGAAAACAAAUUGAUAAAAGACGGAAGAAUUUAUUUCCUGUGCAACCCAAACCUCCAUCUGGAUUUAAAGACUACCUCAUGAAUCGAUGCACAUAUGUUUUGGCUGGCAACUCUAAUAGUCGAGUAGUAAACACUCAGACACCAUCACCAGCCAAUUUGCAUGAACAGUUGAAAAAAUUGUUUGUUGAACAAGAGAAAGAGAGACAAAGACUUCGUGUACAGCACAUUGUAGAAAAAGAAAAACUAGUGUUAAGCGUUGAACAAGAAAUACUCAGGGUUCAUGGUCGUGCAGCUCGUGCAUUAGCAAAUCAACUAUUACCAUUUUCUGUAUGCACUAUACUCAAAGAUGAAGAAGUGUAUAAUAUUAUGACACCUGAACAGGAGGAAGAGAAAGAUAGACAUGCACGAUCCCGUUAUAAUGGUCGUUUAUUUUUAUCAUGGUUACAAGACGUUGAUGAUAAAUGGGAAAAAAUUAAGGAGUCCAUGUUAUUGAGACAUCACAAUGAGGCAGAAAGUCUGCACGCUGUACAGAAAAUGGAUUGGGGAUGGAAAUUGAAGGAAUUACAAUUGUGCACUUACAGCUCUGAGCCUAAUAUUGAUGAAGAGCAUGUGCCAAUGGUUCUAGUCAGUGAUGAUUUCGAUCUCUUACCCGCCUAAACUAUUUUUAUUAUUAAUCAACAUAUCGGUACAGUGUCGAGUGAUAUUUAUUGUUUAUUCAACUAAUUUUAAGUGGCUCUUAUUAUUAUUACUAUUAUUAUUAUUAUUAUGA